AUGACCUCCACCGUCACCUUCAACCACCUCAGCUCGCGCUACGUGGACACCAAACCCGCCCGUGCCGCCGGUGCCCGUCGGCCGCGCAACCCGGCGCCACCGGCCGCCAGCGCCGCCGCCGAGCCGUCGAUGACAGUGCCGACCACCGUCGGUCGCCCGGGCAAGCGAGCCCGGAGCGAGGGCGAAGUCGCCCUGGGCAACAGGGAGGGCGACGACAUGGAGGGCGAGAGCGAAGAGGGCGACGAAGGCGAGGGCGAGAGCGAAGAGGCCGAAGGCGCGGGCGACGGAGGAGAGGGCUGUGGCGACGGCGAGGAGAGCGCGGUGGCGAUGCUGGCGCGCGCGGUGCAGAUGCUGACGAGCGAGGUGAAGAACCUGCGGCUCGAGAACCAGCAGCUGUGGAGCCAGAUGGCGGUCAUGCAGGACCGACAGAUCAAGCUCGACCGCGCCAUGGCCGCCUUAAGCCGCUACUCAGACGUCGACAUCAUCGUCAUCAUAUAUAACCAACACAUCAUUCACAGCAUCAUCCCCUACGUCAACAUCACCCUCAACCUCAUCACCAACAUCAUCGGCAACCAACAACAACUGUUCAUGGACGAGCGGUGGCGGCGAGAAUGGGAGCAGCUGCACGAGCCGGCGUUUCGCGAGUUUUCGCCCGCGACGACCACCGUACCGUCGGUCGCGAAGCUCAUGCUGGAGGACCUGCGACGGGACCUGCCCUUCCUCCGGCAGUACGCCCUCGCGCACGAGUUCGCCGUCCCCGGCCCCGGAUAUCCGAUGGUGGCGGGCACCAUGUCGUCGGUGUUCGACAACAAGCCGCCCGUGAUCGUGUUCGUCAAUCAGGCCAUGGCGCAACUCACACAAUACUCCUGGCAUGAGCUCCUGGGUAAGCCAAUGAGCACCAUCGCAGUGUUCAACGAAGCUGCGCUUCCCCAACUGACGCCCAUUCUCACGAAAAAGGCACCCAUGUCGGAGAGCACUCUGCAUCGGUUCAACCACCUGUUCCGCACGCGCAGCGGCCGGCUGCUGCGAAUCAUCGACAACACGCAGUUCUUCUUCGACCACGACGGCAACGUAACGCUCUCUCUCACACACUCGUCUGAUGAUUCUUGA